GAGAGAUGGGAAGAAGGAGCAAAUGCUGCCCUGAGCUGCUCUUGCCAAAGGGGCGUCCAUCUGUCCUGAGGGUCUGUCCGCCUGUUGUGUGUGGGAGGUUGGUCUGUAGAGGACCAGGGUUUACCUGCCUGUCACGGGGGAGCAGAGGUAUUGAAAACCUGCCGUGCGAACUGCAGAGGAACUUCCAGCUGAUGCGGGAGCUGGAUCAGAGAACAGAAGAUAAGAAAGCAGAAAUUGACAACCUUGCAGCAGAAUACAUCGAAGCAGUGAAGCACAUGUUACCUGAGGAGCGAGUGGAACACCUGAAGAAAAUCCAGAGUGCCUACAGCAAAUGUAAAGAGUACAGCGAUGAUAAAGUCCAGCUGGCCAUGCAGACAUACGAGAUGGUGGAUAAGCAUAUCCGCCGGCUGGAUGCAGACUUGGCACGGUUUGAAGCAGAUCUGAAAGAUAAACUGGAAGGCAGUGACUUUGAAAACCCUGGAUCUCGAAGCCUGAAAAAGGGACGAAGUCAGAAAGACAAAAGAGGCUCUCGUGGUCGAGGCAGGCGAACAUCUGAAGAAGAUACGCCAAAGAAAAAGAAAAUCAAAGGAGGAUCUGAGUUUGCUGACGCCAUCCUCUCGGUGCAUCCCUCAGAUGUCCUAGACAUGCCAGUGGACCCCAAUGAACCUACCUACUGCUUGUGUCACCAGGUGUCUUAUGGAGAAAUGAUUGGCUGUGACAACCCAGACUGCCCAAUUGAAUGGUUCCACUUUGCUUGUGUGGACCUCACCACCAAACCAAAAGGGAAAUGGUUUUGUCCUCGUUGUGUUCAGGAAAGAAAGAAAAAGAAGUAAGGUGUAGAGGGGAAUGUGUCCUCUGAGGCAAGAAGAAUUUAAUAUAUUCUUUCAUUCAUGUUGCAAUACUAUCUUUGAUUCUUUUUUUUUAACCUACCCUCCUUUUUCUGGUAUGAUAUGUAAUUGUCCUUUCCAGUGGCCAGUUGUAAUUCCUGUUCUUUCAUAAGAAAAUUACUUCAAGAGCGAGUCCCAGAUCCCUAUGCCACAGGGAUUUUAUUUAUGUUGCACUUGCACAGCACUGAAAUCAGUGUUACUAUGAAGUGCUAGGGCAGCCUGUAGCUGUAGUUUCUGCUAGUUUAUAGGGUUCUGUGAAACCACGUAAGGCACUGCAGGAAAAUAAAAUAGCUGUAUCUUCAGCAUGCUGCAUCACCAUCAUGGAAAUAGAUUAGGCAUGGAGCUUGUUGUGUCAGAGAAGAAGGAAUUUUCUCCAUAGCCUGCAUGAAAGAAGUUGGCUCCAUUGUUUAGGUGUGAAGUCCAUUUGUUAUGCAGUUUUGUAGUAGGGAAAGGAACAGGAAAGCUGUUUAACUGUUUCCAGUGUCCAUUUCAUUGAAGCCAAUUACUGUGCUUAGUUUUUACAGGGCAGGGAUGGGAGAGAGGUAUGAUCCUGUUUUCUCUUUUGGGGAAUUUCUUCUGUCUACCUUUGCACUGCCUUUAUUUUACUUGAUCUUGCCCCCAUUCACAUGAACCUUAACAGAAGCAAACCAUUAGACUUUUCACCACCUCCUAGGAGAGGUUUUUCUCUCUUGGGAGAAAACCUUUUAAAUAGAAAAUUAUCCUGCAGUGUUUCUUAGUGACAGUAAUAUCAAGAGAGGGUGUUACCUUUUCUGGCUGUUUCCAUUUCUCUGAAGAUCCUUUAAGUGCAUUACUGUGAAGAUGAAACCUACAGUAUUCUUAUAGAGAUAGAAGGUCGGAUUUAAUCAUAAAAUAAGAUGAAGGCCUGA